UACGGUGGGAUCAUGGCAGGGCUGGGCUCCCAUCCCUGGUGGAAGAAAACACUUCACUUGACUGGGGGAGCUUUGCUGGCUGCAGCUGCAUAUCUGCUCCACGAACUCCUGGUCAUUAGGAAACAGCAAGAGAUUGACUCCAAAGAUGCUAUUAUUUUACAUCAGUUUGCAAGACCUCACAAUGGUGUUCCCAGUUUAUCUCCUUUCUGUUUGAAAAUGGAAACUUAUUUAAGGAUGGCUGACUUACCCUAUCAGACGAACUAUUUUAGUGGACAACUUUCUGCUCAAGGGAAAAUGCCUUGGAUUGAAUACAAUCAUGAAAGAGUUUCUGGCACAGAAUUCAUAAUUGACUUUCUGGAAGAGAAACUUGGAGUGAAUCUAAACAAACAUCUUGGCCCUCAUGAAAGAGCCAUCUCCAGGGCGGUGACGAAGAUGGUGGAGAAGCACUUCUACUGGACGUUAGCUUAUUGCUAGUGGGUGGACAAUCUCAAUGAGACCCGGAAGAUGCUCUCUCUUAGUGGUGGUGGCCCCUUCAGCAACCUGCUGAGGUGGAUCGUGUGCCACAUAACAAAAGGAAUUGUGAAACGCGAGAUGCACGGCCACGGCAUUGGCCGCUUCUCAGAGGAGGAGAUUUACAUGCUGGUGAGAAGGACACGCAGUCUUAGCGGGGCUUUUGGGUAA